AACGAAUUACGGCGAUUUUUGUGUUAUGGAAAGCAAUUGAAAUUUUUAAAAUCUUCGCAAAAAGCUUACGAGUUCUCUGUGUACAGACAUUACCGUCGUGUAUUGAAUCCUUUUCGGCAGACGAAAAUCACGAUAUGUAUAGAAACACCGUAUUGGCCACCGAUCGGUCAAAAACGACCAACGCUAGAGUGCCCUACAACGUCAAAAUACUAACCGUGAAUCCAAACGGAUCUUCCGCGGACAAGAUUGCUACCAAACCGAAAUAUAUCGCCAACACUGACACGAUUACGAUAUCAAAGCCAUCGGCUACCGGACUGAUAAAAAACAAACGAAACGGUACUACCGAUUGUGACUUUACGUUUACAAAAAUGAAACGGCUUUCGUGGGUCACCCCAUAUUCUUGCAUGUCCAAUAAACGAAAGCUCACUACGAAUACCGAAUACUAUGCGACAAAAAAAAUGAAGCAGACGACUGACGACGACAUCGAUAAACCCAACGGAUUGGUCUUGAAAGUCUGGAAGCUCAACGAGACACCAACGUUUUCCCUCGAUACGAAAACAUCGCCUCGAGUAUACAGUUCGAAUAACGCGAGCACAACAACUGAAUCAAUCGACAUAGACUCGGCCGAGAGCGAUAACGAUGGUCCUUCCUUAUACGGUAAAAAAGACAAGUCCAUUAACUAGACUUAAAUAAACGCCCGUUGCGCUGCGUUACAGUGUCGGUGUGAUCGGGCUCUACGGGGCUACGAAACGUCGUCACGAACGCAGUUUCCCUAGCUCGGGGAAUCGGGCGCGUCCUCAGGUUGCGGAUAGAGGAACGGCCUGCAGAUAUGCAGGUUAGCCGCGAAAUAAGCAGUCCAUUAAUUUGGACUGACGAAUAAGCGGUCGCUGACAGCGAGCCGCCCAAACGCUUGUUAAUCCUGUAGAUAUACAGGAUAGCCGUGAAAUAAGCCUUUAUAAGGACGAAUAAGCGGUAGCGUUUGGGUGCGAACGGAGUUAAACGGCAACGCAACCAGUGAAGUUAGCCGCUCACUGGCCGGAGGGACUGGCUAUGAGGGCAGCCCCCUCAAAUCAUAUCACAUUUAUGAAAAUGGAAUCGAAAGGAGUAAAUGUUACUGCAUCAGGGGAUUCGGAUGCCCCAGUGCCGGCGGUUGGUGGGGGGCGUACCCACCAGGUGUCGUCAUCAAUCGAAUACGCACCAAAUGCAGGAGUGUUGAGGCAGGCUCCUGCAGCCAACCACGGGGUUGGUACUGCAACUGCAGGGAGUGGUGGUGACCAAGCCACUCCCACCGGUGAAAUAGCCGGGAGGUCAUUGGCAACGGUAUGUUUGGAUUCUGGUACGAUAUUGACGACGGCCAACUCCCUAGAUGCGUCUCCUAAAAUCUCUAUAUUGGAGAGAUUGCGGUGCGCAUCUAAGGGUGGUUCGACAAGGGUGGGACAAGGGUGGGUCACCCCAUAUUCUUGCAUGUCCAAUAAACGAAAGCUCACUACGAAUACCGAAUACUAUGCGACAAAAAAAAUGAAGCAGACGACUGACGACGACAUCGAUAAACCCAACGGAUUGGUCUUGAAAGUCUGGAAGCUCAACGAGACACCAACGUUUUCCCUCGAUACGAAAACAUCGCCUCGAGUAUACAGUUCGAAUAACGCGAGCACAACAACUGAAUCAAUCGACAUAGACUCGGCCGAGAGCGAUAACGAUGGUCCUUCCUUAUACGACGUGCCGCCGCGAGAUUUGAACGAGAAAAAGAAGAACCCGCCCUCGUACGAUUCAUUUCUCACUGCGACGACGUGGUACAGCGGCGACACAAUCAACGCGUAUUUAAGUCUGAUUGCAUCGCGUUCGCAAGGCAAAGUGCACUACCUGAUCACCGAUUUUAUGAAGGCACUUUCCCGACGCGGAUACGCUGGCGUGAAAAGAUGGAUCAAAAUCGACAUACACUCUUUAAAACUCCUGUUGGUGCCCAUGCACGUAAACGACAACCAUUGGACCAUGACUGUAGUCGAUGUACCCGAAAAGACGAUAACGUUUUUCGACAGUCUCAACUCCUACAAUGGCCCUUACCCGUCGUUAUUUAGACAAUUUCUAAUCGAAUGGGAGAUCGAAAACUACGGAUAUUCUUCCCAAUGGACUUUACGGUACGGAAAAGCUGUGCAACAACGCAACGGUUAUGAUUGCGGACCUUUAUCUUUGGAGUUGGCCGAGAAGAUGUCCAGAGACGACGGCACGCCGAUCAACCCGCUCGCAAUGCCUUAUGUCCGGUUGAGGCAUAAGUACGAACUAGAAGCCGGCACAUUAUUCCAAUUUUGACGUAAAUAUUAUAUAUUUGUCCAUCAUCAAUAUUCACGUUUACCAAUCACGACUUUAUACGACACACCGAUUUCGACUAAUACCGACCUACUCAUCAAUACCAAUUGAAAUAUGUAAUAUUCGCCUUAUAACUCUAUUUUUUCUGCCCCAGACGCUGUACUUACAAUUUAAACGGCCGUGUUUAAUCGAAGUACACGCCGGGGAUGGCUUUUUCUUCAUUGGAAACACGUUUUCUACAAUAUUCUACAAUGCGCAACAUUGAGUUUCCAAUGUCGAGUGACACAUCAGUUCGAUGUUAUUUGAUUCCGUUAGAAAUAUUGUACAUUUUGUAUUUUUUUUUUUAUUAAAUUCGUGUACAAUAACUUUAUGAUAGUACCUCUUUUGUACAUGCAAAUUUAUUAAUUAUUGUUAUUUUUUUUCAUAUACAUGCCAUUUCAAUAUUUUUUUGUUAUAUAGUAUUUUUUCGUUGUAUAUUUGUUUGUUUUCUUGUGUGAAAUAUUUUUCUUUCUAAUUUGAAAUUGUAUCGAUUUUAUAUUUAUUAUGAUAUAUGUAAUUUAUUAUUAUAUGUUAUCAAUAUAUGCGUACAUUUUUUUUUUUAAUAAAACUUAUUCGUGAAAAGUGUGUGGUCAUUUACUAACUAGCGAUAUUUUUAGAUAUAAUUUUUUUGAUAGCCCAUACAACAGUACGCUAAGGCAUCAAAUUAUUAACCGUGAAUCCAAACGAAUCUUAAGCGGACGAAACGGGUAAAAAAACACAAGAGUUUUUUCUAUAAUUAUACGAUUCACCGAAUUUCGAUCACUGUAAGACAAUUACGAUAUGUUUACAA